AUGUACCUGAUCACGGUGUUUGGCAACCUGCUCAUCAUCCUGGCCAUCAUCUCAGACUCCCACCUGCACACACCCAUGUACUUCUUCCUCUCCAACCUGUCCUUCGUGGACAUCUGUUUCACCUCCACCACCGUCCCAAAGAUGCUGCUGAACAUCCAGACACACAGCAAGGUCAUAUCCUAUGAAGGAUGCAUCACUCAGAUACACUUUUUUCUACUCUUUGUAGGAUUGGAUGACUUUCUCCUGACCAUCAUGGCCUAUGACCGAUUUAUGGCCAUCUGUCACCCCUUGCACUAUACGGUCAUCAUGAACUCCUGGCACUGUGGGCUGCUGGUUCUGGUUUCCUGGAUCAUAGUUGUCUCCUUAUUUUAUUGUACAAGCCUAGGAGUGUACCUUAGUUCUGCUGCUACACACAACCCACUGUCAAGUGCUAUAGCCUCAGUGAUGUAUACUGUGGUCACGCCCAUGCUGAACCCCUUCAUCUACAGUCUGAGGAAUAAGGAUAUAAAGACGGCUCUGAAAAGAUUCUUUGGGAGGCAAACUACAAAAGGACCGAUUAUGCCAUGA